GACUGUCAAACUCGGAAUCCUGGUGCGUCCCCCUCACUCCCUAUUCCUUCCAGAUGCUGUCAUUCGACUCUACUUUUGACAUAUUGUUGUCGUCGACUAACAACGCGCUCGACUUGAUCUAGGCUGGGCAUCAUGGAGCGUACGUCGAAUCCCAUUGGGGCCCCCCCUUUUUUCCCGUCGAAGCACGCGACGCUCUCCCGUUGCCGUUUCCUGCACCUCCGCGACCCCGUCCUCAAGCUGAUUGGUACUGCAGUUGGGCAUCUUCCUUUGCAUGCGGUGCGCCACGAUCCACCGCAAAUUGGGCACCCAUGUCUCCAAGGUGAAGUCGCUGAGCAUGGACAGCUGGUCCAACGAGCAAGUCGAGAACAUGAAGAAGGUCGGCAACGUCGCCUCCAACAAGAGCUACAACCCCCAGAAUAAGAAGCCCAACAUCCCGGUCGACACGGACGAGGCCGACGGGGCCAUGGAGAAAUUCAUCCGCCAAAAGUACAUGAACCGCGUUCUCGCGUCCACAAAGCGCCACAACACUGGCAGCACCGAGUCCGACGAGACCCCCCCGCCCCUCCCCCCCAAGACGCCCAGCCGCUUCGGCAUCCGAUCCGCCUCGUCCAUAUUCCCCCUCGGGUCCAAGGCGAAGAAGGCGGCCGCUGCACAAGAAGCCUCUCUCGGCGCCCACUUCCACCAGCCUCAGCAGUCGCCUCGGAACAAGGCCUCGCAAGUGUUUGGCGCCUCCGUGCAGUACGAUACCGGAGAUGGAGCCGACGAAACCGACCGGAAGCUGGCCAAGCUCCGCGACAUGGGCUUCGCAGACGAGCAGCGGAACCAGGCGGUCAUGAAGGGCGUCGGCGGAAACCUGGAGAAGACGAUAGAGGCUCUUGUCCGGCUUGGCGAGGGUGAAGGACGGUCGUUGACAUCGGCCAGAGAAUCGUCCAUGCCGAUAAACCGGGGCUUGAGUCUGACUCCCGCGGCGUCCAACUCGGGCCGCGAUAUGGGGCGUGGCCGGCCCCUGAGCCCGGCGAGCAGCAACCCCUUCGACAUGCUGGACGCGGUACCGGCGCCGCCGCUCUCGUCGCAGUCGACGGGAACUCUACAAAACAAGAACCCCUACUUGUCGGCUAAUCCCUUCGGCCCGCCUCCCCAGCAGACGGCAAGUGCAUUUGACAUGGCCUUUCAAAACAUGUCUCUAGCGCCGCCGUCGCAGCCCCUAUUUCCACAUCAUACCGGGGGGAUGGUUGUGCCUCAGCACCAAAACGCCCAGCCGUUAUAUCAGCAGCCCAUGACGCCUCCGGUUUCGUCGACGGCACAACACUACCCCUCAGUGCCCUCCCACAGCAGCCAAACUUACCCUCAGCCUGCGCAACAAGCCGUAGUUAGCUACAACCCCUUUUAUGCCAACCAGCCCCAGCAGCCCCAACAGCCCCAACAACCCCAACAGCAGCCCCUUUCAGUCAACACUGCUGCCUUCCCUGGCAAUUAUGGCAACAAUCCCUUUACACGGUCCCCAACAUGGAUCCAGUCGCCAACCCUCACGCAAAUACCCGAGCAGUCGCAGCCAAGCUUUUAUACGCCACCAACUUCGCAAUCACACUCUAUGAACCCAUUUUUCACGCAGAUGUCGGCGCAACAGCAGCAACAGCCGGUCCAGAUGCAACCCCAGCAGCAGCAGCAGGCGUAUAUCCCGCAGCGACCCGAUAAAGCCUCCAUUAUGGCACUAUACAACUACCCGCAGCUCGCGCCGACCACGUCACCGUACCAGCAGGCCCCGCAGGGCGCCCCCGUAGCGAGCCCCCCACCGAUCCAGCAGCAGCUGCUGCAGCAACAGGGCUCGAACCCGUUUUUCAGGGCUCAGACUUUCCCGCUGGCUCAUCAGCAACAGCAGACGCAGCAGCUGCAGCAACUACAGCAGCAAUCCCCGCAAGUGCAAUAUCAGCAAUCCCCGCAAGCACAAUAUCAGCAACCUUCCCCACAGGGAGGCGUAGCAGUAGGCCCUGCCCCUCCCGUGAGCAACAACCCGUUCAUGAUGAGCAUGGGAAUGGGGCCGGCGGUGGGAGGAGGAGCAGCGGGUAUGCAGGCGGUACCAGCCGCCAGUGGUAAUAUCAAGCCGAAAUACAACACGAGCCGGGAGAGCAUGAUGGCGGUGGGCCUAGAGUGGUCCAAUGGGCGGCACAGUCCGGAUGCAUUUUCGAGCCUGAGCGCGAGGGAUAUGCGGUGAUGAAGAAAUUGGGGGGGGGGGGGGUU